AUGUUUGCAGCACCAGCCGAAUCUCCUAUAGAAGUUGAAGUCAAUCCACGCUUAAACACAGAGACCUAUGAUAUCCUAGUUCAGAUGAAACAGGAUUUAGAUGAACAAAUCACACACCUAACUACCAAAAUAGCAAUUUCCAAGAAAGUUAUUAAGAAAUGCAAUAGUGAAAUAAACAAGGCAAAAAGAAUAAUCAACAAAGACAAAACCCCAGAUGAUGUUACAGCAGCAAAAAGACUGAAGCAAAACAAGGAAAGGGACAAAAGGAAAGAAAACAGAACACUUUUACAAAAUCAAAAAGAUCUAACAGAGGUUGAAGCCAACUGGCUAGAACAGCUGAUUUUAUAA